UCGCGGGCUCGGCCGGCGGCGCACUUCCGCCCGCGCGCGUCGCCGCCCCGCGGACGGCCGGGCCUCGCCACGGGCCUCGGGGAGUGGGGUGGAAGAUGUCUAUGGACGUGACGUUUCUGGGGACAGGUGCAGCAUACCCGUCCCCAACCCGGGGGGCCUCUGCGCUGGUCCUUCGCUGUGAAGGCGAGUGCUGGCUCUUUGACUGUGGGGAGGGAACCCAGACACAGCUUAUGAAGAGCCAACUUAAAGCAGGGAGAAUUACCAAGAUCUUCAUCACACAUCUUCAUGGAGACCAUUUCUUUGGCCUUCCUGGCCUCCUCUGCACAAUCAGCCUGCAGAGUGGGUCCAUGGUCACCAAACAGCCCAUCGAAAUCUACGGCCCUGUGGGUCUUCGGGACUUUAUCUGGCGAACCAUGGAACUCUCUCACACGGAGUUGGUCUUCCCUUACGUGGUCCAUGAGCUGGUGCCUACAGCGGAUCAGUGUCCUACAGAAGAACUAAAAGAGUCUGUGCAGGUGAAUGAAACAGACAACCCUCCCAAAGAGGGACAAGGACGAACUAUCCUGUUAGACUCAGAAGAAAACUCGUACCUCCUGGUUGAUGAUGAACAGUUUGUUGUGAAAGCGUUUCGCCUCUUUCAUCGAAUACCCUCCUUUGGAUUUUCAGUCGUGGAGAAGAAACGCCCAGGUAAACUCAACGCACAGAAACUGAAAGACCUGGGUGUUCCACCCGGUCCUGCCUAUGGGAAGCUGAAAAACGGAAUUUCUGUUGUUCUGGAAAAUGGAGUUACAAUUUCUCCCCAAGAUGUCUUAAAGAAGCCUAUUGUUGGGAGAAAAAUCUGUAUUUUGGGUGACUGUUCUGGGGUUGUGGAUGACGGAGGAGUAAAGCUGUGCUUCGAGGCGGACCUGCUGGUCCACGAAGCGACCCUGGAUGACACCCAGAUGGACAAAGCCAAGGAGCAUGGCCACAGCACGCCACAGAUGGCGGCAGCGUUUGCCAAGCUGUGCCAGGCGAAGAGGCUGGUUCUGACUCACUUCAGUCAGAGGUACAAGCCAGCCGCCUUGGCCAGGGAAGGAGAGGCAGAUGCGAUUGUGGGACUUAAAAGGCAAGCUGAGUCCGUGCUGGACCUCCAGGAAGUGGCUCUUGCAGAAGAUUUCAUGGUCAUCAGCAUUCCGAUCAAGAAGUGAAACCACUAUUCCCGAAUGCAUUCUCAUGUGUCUGUAAAUAUGUUAUUGAACCAACAGUCACAUUUGGUUUCUUUUUGUUGCUGUGGUGGUGGUGGUCAUCGUUGUUUUGAUCUACAAUUAUUUGAGUCCUCAUAAUCCUGAAAAGGAUGGAGCUGCGUUGCUGAACUAAUUCAGCAUUGAGAGGGAGCAAGCUAUUUGAUAAUAAAUCACUUUAAAAAGAAUGAAACCAGCAUCCUUCUUAAAGUCCACAUUUGACAAGAUGAUAGGCUAUUCAGGUAUACCUGCCUUGAGGCUGCUGCCUCAGAGAUUAGCCAAUGCACCAUGGGCUUAGCUUCCUUCCAGCGUUAUUGCUGUUGUUGGCAAAGUAUGCAGGACUUGGCCCUCCUGGCUGAAAAUGGUAUUUUGGCAGUUUGUGUUGAAUCUGUUCAUGUUAUUAACAAAAGAGAAUAGUGAUGAGAUAUUGGAUAUGCAGAAUUGAAGCUGGCGUGUUAAAUCUUGAAUUCUUUGCUAGAAGACUGAAUGCAGGGUCAGGGGAGGUGUUCAGCCUUCAAUCCGUAUUUUAUUAAACUUUCCAGUUUGCUCUAAACCCAGGGUUCUCAGAGGUGAUACUGCUCCCUUGGAUGGAAUUCUGAAGUUGUGGGAUGUUUCUUGUCAAAACUAGGAGGGGCUACUACCAGCAGUCAGUCAGUACAAGCCAGGACGUUAGAUCGUAGAGAAUUUUGGUCAGUCCUAAACCAUGAAGAAUUAUCUCAUCCCACAAUGCAUAUUGCAGGUCUGUUGAAAUGCACAUCAAGUUAAAACUUCUACUGUGAACAUACUUUAUAAAAAUUCAGUGACAUAAGAGUUCGGGUGUUUUGGGGGCAUGAACCACCAGUCUCCUUGCAUGGCCCUGCAACAAACCUUUCUCUGCUCAAAAAGAAAAACAAGAAAUAGUGACAUAAUGAGUUGAACUAGGAGGUAAGUCAAAUUCUGCAACAGAUCCUAAAAAGCUAGCUAAGUGAAUGUAUUGGAAUGUCACAUCAAACAUUAUUUGUCAGAAGUGAACUCUGGGCUGGAGCUUGUGAAUCUGGAGGUUAAAAAAUAACUAUCUGUCCGACUUGGGUUUAAUUUACAUGUUCUGAUAAAUAAUUCUUUGAGCACCAUUUUAGUAAAGUGUUCUUUCUAGAAUAGAUUUUCCUGCUGAGUUGCCUUCCACCUCCCUUCUGUCUGUCAUGGGGUAUCUCUGACUCAUUUGCCCACAGUAAAUACAUGGAAAGGUAGUCUCAAGUACUGAUUCAGUCAAAAAGGUUCCCUAAUCAAACUGGUUUGGGAAACCCUGUAUAUUGUGGGUUCCUCUGGCAGAGCUGUAAUGCCCAGCAAUGUAUUAACAGCAGCACGGCUUCAGUGAUCACUAGCUAGUCUGUGAUGCCAGAAAGACAUUUCAGAGUGAUUUCGGAGUCCCAUUCUGUACCUCAUGAUGGUCCCUAUGUGCUCUGAAGCAGGUUCCUUAGAUCUGCUGAUCUUUAGCUUGCUCAUCUCUAAAAAUGAGAAAAAUAAUAAUAAGACCUACCUCUAGGAGUGCUGUAAAGAUUAAAUAAAGACAGUGUAUAAAAGGAGCAUAGCAUGUUGCUUCAAGGCACGAAGUCCUAAAGUACAGAGGUUUGUUAACUGAACCCCUUUCUAAAGUCAUAUUUCACCAUAUACUAUCUGUUAACAUCUUAAGAAGCUAGAGAGUUUUAUAGUAUACUUAUUCAGAAAUACUGUCAUGGUAUAUAGUAGACUAUUGGAUUCCUCUGGUCCUGGGGGUUUUUCUAGUAAAAAUUGACUCUUGGAGGGGUCUGGAAUCCCUGAAGUAGUGAUGGUCCAGUUACUCAAGAUCUCAGUCAUUCUGAAGCAGCCUCCAGAAUGGGCUGAUUCGGCCCUCCUGUAGGCCCCUGGCCUGCCAGAGUACCAAAGUGGACCAGAACUAAAGCUUAUCUUGAUUUCUGAACUCAAGUCAAACCAUCAUUUAUUAACCUCCUGUGUGCCGAAUGGGCUUCCCCAGUGACUCAGCAGUGAGGAAUCCGCCACAGGAGAUACGAAUUCAAUCCCUGGGUUGGGAAGAUCCCCUGGAGGAGGUCAUGGCAACCCACUCCAGUAUUCUUGCCUGGAGAAUCCCAUGGACAGAGGAGCCUGGCGGGCCAUAGUCCACAGGGCCGCAAAGAGUCGGACACGACUGAAGCGACUUAGCACACACGCAGGCGACGUGUGCCCAGACCUGCACGAGGGAAUGGCUAGUACUAGUACCUCUGAUGCCUGGAGCUCUGGAGUGUGAAGAUUGUAGUUUGGUCACCUCUACAUUCUUGGAAAUACCCACCCAUGCUAUGCACCCAGAAAUGUAUAUUGAGUGAAACGAGAUCACAAAAUUUAAGGCCUAAAAUUUAGAACCUGUGCCUAGCCCAUUUUACUGCUGGGUUUGCCCAAAAAAAGUAACCGCCUGAUUGGUGGUGUUCCAUUUACUGUCUUGGGAGUAAAUGAAUAUAAGACAAAAUUUCAGGCUCACUGUCUCAGUGCUAGAGACUAAUAGGAAAACCCAAAGUGAAUGUGCAGUUCUUUCAGAUCUUUCUGAUCUUACAGCCUAUCACUCAGUUUUGCUGUUCCUGAGCAUUAUUUGAUAGAUGGCUUGAGCUGUGCGCUUAGAAUCAGGCUCUUUUAAUAUAUGUGGGCUAAGCCCUCAGAGAACAUGGGAAUGUGCAACAAAUGGAUGUGUUGGAUUAAGUGUGGGGUAUCAGUUCAUGGCAAGAAUUCUUUCUUGGACUCUCUUCUGGCCUAGAAUUUGUUCUUAAUGGUAGGACACAUUCUAAGAAUUUGUGGAGCUAGAAUUGAGUGAAUUUUUUUUUUUCCUGUUAGGCCGGGCCAUGCAGCUUGAGGGAUCUUAGUUUCCCACUCAGGGAUUGAGCCAGAGCUAUGGCAGUGAAAAUGCCAAGUCCUAACCACUGACCUGCUAGGGAGUUCCCAAGAGUGAACCUUAAGUUGAACUUCUCAGAGCCUGUAAUUUGUUCAUGGUUAUAUGACUCUAGAGGGGAUUAGAAUAUGUGUUGUGCGCCAAACUUAUUUGAUCACUGAAUUCUCUUUUGCCAAGGAGCAUCUUAUAACACUGAGAAAUGCUGUUGCUUAAUACUAUUGAAAGCAUUAAUAGUCACCGACUAUGUCCAUCACCAACUCGAUGGACAUGAGUUCGAGCAGGCUCUGGGAGUUGGUGAUGGACAGGGAAGCCUGGCGUGCUGCAGUCCAUGGGGCUGCAAAGAGUCGGACACGACUGAGCGACUGAACUGAAUACUACUGAAAAGCAUUUUAUUUAUAUUUUUUACCUGCAACUUUAUUGAGGUAGUAAAUUCCAUGUCUACACCAAAUAUAGUAUUUUUUGUCUUUUUAACCAACUUUCCAAUUGUUAGAAAUUCAUACUCCUGCUUAUUUAGAUAAAAAACAGGCACUUUUCUGUUUCUCAAAAGGUAUUUAGACUUGCCCAAAUAGACCCCAAAUCAUCUCUGUUUUCAAAUACUCAUGCUUAUUUAGUAUACUUUUAAUAAAGUUUUAAACAUAAAAGCA